AUGGAAGCUGAGGAGCCACCUGAGGCCAGGGGAUGCUGCCGUGAGGUGCUGGGGAAAGCCAGGAGAUGCUGUCCCGAGGCCCUGGGCAAGCUUCUGCCUGGCUUCUGUUUCCUCUGCUGCCUGGUGACCUAUGCACUGGUGGGUGCCGCUCUCUUCUCUGCAGUCGAGGGCCGCUCUGACCCAGAGGCAGAGGAGAACCCUGAGUUGAAGAAGUUCCUGGACAAGCUGUGCAGCAUCCUGAAAUGUAACAGGACAGUGGUGGACGGCAACAGGAAGGACCUGUGUGAGCAUCUGCAGCGGAUGAAGCCCCAGUGGUUCAAGGCGCCCGAGGACUGGUCCUUCCUGAGCGCUCUCUUUUUCUGCUGCACGGUGUUCAGCACAGUGGGUUAUGGAGACAUGUACCCCAUCACCAGGCUCGGCAAGUUCCUGUGCAUGCUCUAUGCUCUCUUCGGAAUCCCUUUGAUGUUCCUGGUCCUCACAGACAUCGGAGACAUCCUAGCCACCGUCUUAUCCAGGGCUUACAGUCGGUUCCAGGCUCUCCUUUGCCUCCCCCAUGCUCCCUCUCAAUGGUGCUCCAGCCUGUUCUGCAGGAGGCAGCAGGACAGCAAACCCACGGAGGAAACCAUCCCUCAGAUUGUCGUCAGUGCUGGUGCGGGCGAGUUCCUAGACCCCCAGCCAUACGGGGAGCCUGCAUCUCCAAGCUGCAAUGUGGAGCUGUUUGAGAGACUGGUCGUCCGAGACAAUCAGGACAAGCUACAACUACCCAAGCAGCCCGUAGAGAGGAGCAGUUCAUGCCCUGAGCUGGCACUGGGGCGACUGUCCUGUUCUAUCCUUAGCAACCUGGAUGAAGUAGGCCAGCAGGUGGAGAGGCUGGACAUCCCUCUCCCCGUUAUCGCCCUGGUCAUCUUCGCCUACAUCUCCUGUGCAGCUGCCGUCCUCCCCUUCUGGGAGACAGAGCUGGGAUUCGAGGACGCUUUCUACUUCUGCUUCGUCACACUGACCACCAUUGGGUUCGGGGACAUCAAGCUCAGUCACCCCCACUUCUUCCUCUUCUUCUCCAUUUAUAUCAUCGUCGGCAUGGAGAUCGUGUUCAUCGCCUUCAAAUUAAUGCAGAACAGGCUCCUACGUGCCUACAAAACGCUCAUGCUGUUUUUUGCAAAAGGGAAUUUUCACUUUUUGCAAAAGUGA